GUAAUAGUUGUUUUCCGGAAUUAUUUAUGUGAAACACACUUUAUAUCUGCCACUGCAAAUAGCAAAGGAUUUCACUACGCAUCCAUUCGCUACUGUCUUAGACUAAUAACAACUGCGGGCACCCAGCUAUUUAUGAGAUCAACCAACUUUGGCUGAAAUGAAUUUUCUACGUAACCGUCUUGUUGUGCUGGGCCUGGUGUUGCUGGCCACUGUUCUGUUGUACCUGCUACUGCCGUCCAUUCGUCAGGGCAGCAUGGAGCCUUCGCUGGAUGUCCAGAGGAUGGGCCUGGUGGCUGUCUCUCCUCCUCCGCCUCCUGCCAUCAACGUGUCCGUCCGCACAGGGCAGCUACCUGGGGACCCUCCACUCUUCUUCAGGGAAGCUUUGCCGGUCGAUGGAUCUGGUAGGCAGAUACUGCCCAGGCUGCAAGUGGUCCUUCUCCAUGGCCAAGCUUUCUCUUCCAAAACCUGGGAGGAACUGGGCACCCUGGCCUUGCUGGCCACAAACGGAUACCAGGCCUUGGCUGUGGACCUACCAGGAUUUGGGAACUCUCCAGACUCGGAUGCUGUGAAGACAGACCAGCAUCGGGUGGACCUUCUGGGGAGGUUUAUGGAGGCUUUGGGCGUGAGGACAGCGGUGCUGCUCAGCCCCUCUAUGAGCGGCCACUACUCCAUCCCCUUCCUUAUGAAACACAGUGCCCAGCUGCACGGCUUCAUCCCCAUAGCCCCAGUAGGAACCCGCAGCUACACCCCUCAGCAGUACCAGAGCAUCCAGACUCCUACUCUGAUUGUGUUUGGAGCACUGGACACCAACCUGGGGGCCCAGUCCCACAAGAAUCUCAUGCAGCUCCCACACCACUCAGUCCUGAAGAUGGAGGGGGCGCGCCAUGCCUGCUACAUGGACAAACCUUGGGAGUUCCACCAAGCACUGUUGGACUUUCUCAGCAAACUGGAGUGAGAGGGGGAGGAGGAAGAUAGAGGGAAGGAAAAAAGAGAUAAACAGGGUUGUGUUUGCGUGGAAGUGGAGAAAUUAUACACAAAUAAGAAAAAGGGAAAGUAGUCCUCUGGGAUAAUAGGGCAAAGGCUGCUUUUGAUAUUACAAAUUACCCCGGGCCCCCUAGUUAUCCUGGUAGAGUGGCUUACUCCAGGCCCCUAGCCACCCUGGUAGAGUGGCUAACUCCAGACCCCUAGCCACCCUGGUAGAGUGGCUAACUCCAGACCCCUAGCCACCCUGGUAGAGUGGCUAACUCCAGGCCCCUAGCCACCCUAGUAGAGUGGCUGACUCCAGGUCCCUAGCCACCCUGGUAGAGUGGCUUACUCCAGGACCCUAGCCACCCUGGUAGAGUGGCUUACUCCAGGCCACUAGCCACCCUGGUAGAGUGGCUAACUCCAGGCCCCUAGCCACCCUGGUAGAGUGGCUUACAUUGCGAUGCUUUUGUUAACAUCCCAUCAAAUCGAGAGCAACUCUAAAAGAAGUUUACUCUUUGAGUUGAGCAUGUAGAACAGAAUAUAUGCAAAUUCAAAGACUAGAAGCAAAGACUUGUUUUUUUCUACAGGCUUCAUUAUUGGUUCCAUGAUGAAGAUCAACAUCAGUUAAUUGAGAUGAGGAUGAAGAGGUUAAAGGAGAUCUAAGGCGAUAGUACCAGGGUCGUAUUCAUUCGUGCACACUGUAGCAAAGUGUUUUGUAACGGAAAACAAAGUUCAGGUAGUCCCUUCCUGUUUCAUCCCUUUUGCUUCUGUUUGGUUCAUAGUGAAUACGAACGACCCUGUUUAGAGAAAUUACUUGUGAAAAUUGUGAGAUCAGUUUAAAAUACAAUCUCUUGUGCGUUUUUUUUGUUGAGGAGACAGAAUCGAUGGUUGCCAAUUCACAACUGUAUCUCAUGGUACAGAAACUUGGAUAAAGACUAACAAUAACAUGAAGAUAUUUAUUUAUAGACUUCAGCUCCCUGUUAAAGCAUGUUCACGUUCAUUCUGAAUUUCUUGCUGAAGUGUGUGUGUGUGUGUGUGUGUGUGUGUGUGUGUGUGUGUGUGUGUGUGUGUGUGUGUGUGUGUGUGUGUGUGUGU